AUGAACAAGUCAUUGUUGAUAUCUUUCAUUCUGGUGGCAUCAUUGGCCACCACCUUGGCUCAAACAUCCUUCGACUCAUCAUGUGUUUGGUGGCUUUCAUCCAUCUCAACGAAUGAGACAGAUUGCUCAAGAACAAACCCUUGCUCCCAUCUCAAGUCUGCUUUGGACUUUGCCAACGCCUCACCUUCACCUUGCCCAUCCAAUGAGACAAGAUACAUCUAUUUGAUACCGGAUGGAGUCUAUUAUAACUCUAGUGGUAUUAGAUUGGACUAUAACUACGAUCCAAACAAUGCCUACUCCACAAUCAUUGUCAGCUCGGCGUCACCCGUCGUUUUGACCCAGAAUGUCACGCUGCCAUUGCCACCAGCACCAAUGAACGCCGUCAUUGAUGCCAGCAACACCACCUUCCACGCGCGUUUCUUCCUCGAGAACACCAACUACACCUUCAUUGGCAUCACCUUCAAGAAUGCAAAUGCCUCUGGUAACAUCGGAUUCCCAAUCUUCAUCUAUCCCGACACCAUCGCCGUUAACUUUAUCUCAUGUACCUUCCAAGAUAACUUUGGUCUAAAGGGAGGUCUGCUCUAUUGGAACCCAAUCAAGUCUUCAUUCAUUAACAACUGCACAUUCAUCAACAACAUUGGAGGACCAUUGAGUAUGGGUGGUGCCAUCUUUAUAAAGGAUAACGCCGCUUCAUUGAGCAUCGAUAACUCUACCUUCACCAACAACAAUGCUUCUGUCGGUGGUGCCCUCUACGUCGAGGACUCCAAGGUCGUGGUAUCCAACAGUAACUUCACAUUCAACCGUGCAUUCAAUGGAUCAGGUGGUGGUGCUUAUGUUCAAUCAGUUGGCGUCAGUGUUGGAAGCAACUGGAAGAAUAUUGUGUUCUCAAACAACAGCGCCAUCAAUGGUGGAGCAUUGUUUGAUAAGUUGUCCACUUUGGAGUACGCUAAUAUUAAGUUCGAAUUGAACUAUGCCUCGUUCAAUGGUGGCGCCGUCAACCUGCAGGAUACACUUUCCAGCAUUGUGCAGUCGACGUUCCACCAGAACUCUGCCUUCAACGGAGGCGCCGUCUUCACCUUUGACUCUGUGCCCAAGAACAAGCAGCUGCUGAUCAAGGGCUCCAGCUUCACCGCCAACACUGCGCAGAUCGGUGGUGCACUGUACUGCAACUCCACCACUGCCGGUCUCAACGUGCAAAACCACUUUGCACAGAACUCUGCCGCUGGCAACAAGGACACCAACGCCGAGUACUGCUCCAAGACAUGUCUGACGGCCUUUGGCCUGUGUGGAUGUAUGAAUGGCUGUGGUCUGCCACCCCCUCCCAGCACUGCCACUGGCACCGAGACCAAGAUUGCCCUGGGCAUUUUCAUUCCAAUCACAAUCAUUCUGCUGGGUGUCGUCUGUUUCCUCCUGUGGAAGACCAACAAGAACAAGCAAAAGUUGCAACAGAGAGCUUACGAUGAGAUCAGACUGCAACCAAGUUCACCACAAGAGAACGACCUUUAA